AGGUGAGGAGAUACCGGUGUGCCGACGCGGUGGAUGGCAGUGAUUAGACAGUUGUGCAUGCAUUGUUCAUGUAGCAUAUCAUUUGCUUGGGCAAAUUUAUAGGCAUGGCGCCUGUUUAUCCGUCUAAUUCAAAGGAAAGGUGUGAGUACCAAUACUGGUCGUACUUUUCAUAGUCUCAAAGAGAGCCUGAAGAAACACACGAAAGGAUUACAUAAGGACCGGCCUAUUCGGAAAGAAAAAUGCUGGCGUCGGCAUUGUUGGGCACUGGCCAAUAUCAGUCUGGGACACAACCAUCAGGGGAGAGCGGUCACCUGGGAGAGAGUCCAGUCUUUUCACCCGUCUCCAGCGCUGGUCCCAUCUCUGAGACAUCCGUGCAGGAGAGCGCUCGACUCAACAGAAAAUGACAACAAGAAGGCCACCGUUGCUGCCACUCCUGAUUGUUAUCUCAGUGCUCGCCGCCACAGUUUCGUCUGAGAAACUCGGCGGCCCCGAAUCAACAGAGGACAAUGACCUCUGCGACUGUAUGGAGUACUGGCAGUGCAUACUCAACAAGGGCUCGCCGCGGGGCAUGUGCCCCAUGUCCAACAAGUUCUGCUGCUUCAUGCCACGGACGUCGCGGCACCACAUCAAGCCGCUGAGCCUGCUGACGAUCCUACCACCGGCGCGACGGAGGAAGACAUGCGGCACCAAGGGCCACGACAACAACAAAGAGGGCGUCGCUGAGAUGUCCGAGUGGCCCUGGCAUUCUGCCAUUCUGGAGAAGGAGGAGGACCUGUACGUGUGCGGUGCGUCACUGCUGGACGAACGCUGGCUCGUCACCGCCGCGCACUGCGUCGACGACUACGUCAGCCUGGGGGACCGCCUGCACACGGUGCUGAAGGUGCGUCUCGGCGAGUACGACGUCAGCUCGACGUCUGAGCCGGUCGGACACGAGGAGAUAGACGUCGAUGACGUCAUCAUCCACCCGCAGUUCGACAACGCCACUCUGGUCAGUGACAUUGCGUUGCUGCGACUUCGGACACCAGCGAAAAAGCAGGUCAACAUCAAUGCAGUCUGCAUGCCCAAACACGACCACGAUGACGCCUUCAUGGGCAAGCGCUGCUACGUCACAGGCUGGGGGCGGAUGAACGAAACUUCUGAGCACUCUGUGGUUCUGAAGGAGAUCCCGGUGCCUCUCUGGGAGCGGGAGUCCUGUGACGCCGCGCUGAGGACCCAGUUUGGACCCAACUACCGAAUUCCCGACACAGCCCUGUGCGCGGGAGCCGAGGGCAGGGACGCCUGUGAUGGUGACGGAGGCGGGCCUCUAGUCUGCGAAAAGGGCGGCUUCUGGUACCAGGUCGGUAUCGUCUCGUUCGGCAUCGGCUGUGGCAGGAAGAACAUCCCCGGAGUCUACACCAGGGUCAGCGCCUUCGAGACCUGGAUCAUCCAAAGCAUCAGCCGCUUCGAGAGGAGAUGAAUCCUAGCGCUGUGCGCACUGCCAUCUCUUGAGAGGUUAAACAAAUAGGCCUAGCGCCACCCAUCGGUGACUUGUGGAAGUUGAGACUGUGCGUGUAGCCGCUAGAGGCCGACUGGGACAUAACGGAACGGCCAAUAGCGGCAGAGGACCAAUGGGCAUGUGAUAACUCGGCCAAUCAACGCGCGCCGUCUGUGCAGUGACGUCAGUGAGUGCCCGAGUGACGUCAGAGAGUGUUCGUGCGACGUCAGUGAGUGAUCUUGUGAAGCUUGUGCAGAUGAAGAUCCCUGUUUGCCUAGUGUGUUCUUGUGUAUGAAAUCGUGUGCAAGUGUGCGCUUCGACGCAACAUUCUGAGUGCUGUCGGUAAGGAUAUGUCAGAAUGUUUAACAAAGCAAUGAAUGGAGCCUCGAGAGUCGAGAUCUUCCCUGUAAACUUGUCACGAUUUUUCAUUUUACAAGGAUGAUGACAAACUUGAACGAUUGCGCUUACAUGUGUUUAUUUAAAGUCAACAUCGAUUACAUCAAAAUAGUUUCCACAACUCAUCAGUACGACGAAACAUGAAUUGGGAUGUUUCAUGCCAAUUCAGAUGCAAAUUACUUGCACAGACACUAUUCAAAUCAAUUUAUUGUAAAUCCAUCCAAACAAUCAAAGUGUUAAGUGGCGGUAUUUGAAUAUCAUAUGACAUUCGAACUUGUUGCCCUAAAAAAGACCCUAUUGAUAUGUUCCGUAAGCUUUUUAUUUUGAACCUUUGUGUCGUCAUGCAUCAUGAUGCUUCAUGUAUUUCAUGUAUAAGGCGACUGAAGGAUCUUCACGGUUCUGGAAUAUAUAGUAGAUAAAACUUUC